AUGCCGUCCCCUCCACGACCCUUCCUCCGCGCCCUCCUCGGCCGCACCACCCCCACCCUCACAAACAACAACAGAAUACGGCCCUACUCGACCGCCCCCUCCAACGCCCGUCUGAACGUCCCCCUCGACUUCGCCACGACCCCGUUGCUAUGCCACACGCCCAAGCAAGCCCUCUCGCACCCCGACCUCCCCUCCACCCUCCGCAGCACCUCCAAAACCUCACGCCUGAACCUCUUCCAAGCCGUCAACGCCGCCCUCUCCCACGCCCUCAGCACCGACGAGCGCGUCCUCCUCUUCGGCGAGGACGUGGCCUUCGGCGGCGUCUUCCGCUGCAGCAUGAACCUCUCCUCGCAGUUCGGCUCGGACCGCGUCUUCAACACCCCGCUCUCCGAGCAGGGGAUUGUGGGGUUUGCGAUUGGCGCUGCGGCCGAGGGCAUGAGACCCGUGGCCGAGAUACAGUUCGCGGACUACGUGUAUCCCGCGUUUGACCAGCUGGUCAAUGAGGCGGCCAAGAUGCGGUUUCGGAGCGGGGUGUGGGCGGAUGGGAAGGAGGGGCUGACGAGCAUGGCGUGUGGAGGGUUGGUGGUUAGGAUGCCGUCUGGGGGCGUCGGACACGGGGCGCUGUAUCAUUCGCAGUCGCCGGAGUCGCUGUUCACGCACGUGCCUGGGCUGCGAGUCGUGAUGCCUCGCUCGCCUCUCCAGGCCAAGGGACUGCUGCUCGCCGCUAUCGAGUGCCCGGACCCGGUCAUCUUCAUGGAGCCGAAGAUCCUGUACCGAGCAGCCGUUGAACACGUACCUAACGAUGCAUACACGAUCCCGCUCUCAGCGGCAGAGAUCCUCAAGCCUGGGUCCGACGUCACGGUCGUCAGCUACGGCACCCCUCUCUACACCUGCUCAGCCGCCAUCAGCGCCGCAGAGAAAGAUCUCGACAUCUCGUGCGAACUGAUCGACCUGCGGACGGUGUAUCCAUGGGAUCGCAAGACGGUACUAGAUAGUAUCAAAAAGACCGGGAGGGCGGUCGUGGUGCACGAGAGCAUGGUAAACGCGGGCGUUGGCGCCGAGGUGGCGGCCACGAUCCAAGAGGGCGCCUUUUUGAGACUCGAGGCGCCAGUGCAGCGGGUUGCGGGGUGGAGCACGCAUGUGGGGUUGAUGUAUGAGAAGUUUAAUCUUCCGGACGUUGCGCGAGUCUACGAUGCCAUCAAGAAGACCGUCGAGUACUGA